AUGGACCAUAGAGAUGCCGGAGCAGCUGAUGGGGAGCCAAGAGCCAGUAGCAGACCAACACUAUUUAAUCUACUAGAAGUCCUGGCCAGCGAUGCUUACACAACGCCACAGCAGAGACUUAGCAUUAGAGGGGUUGUUGCCGAGUUCCUUUGCAAUAAAUUUGAACAUUCAAAAGUAUACUCAUACAUAGGUGCUAUUGUGGGACACGAUGUCCUAUAUUCAGUCAUCAGACAACUGGAAUCUGAUCCAGAUCGUGUACCACUACCUGAUCAUAAUGGACUUAUGCGAAUCGAAACAGCUUUCAGACUCAGCAGGGUGUUCAACUCUGGCACACCAGUUGAUGCCGCCUUGCCGGUAUCAUCCAACGCACACUCGCCAUCAGCGUCGAUGAUGCGAUCAACAACCGCAUCAAACACACACUUUGGAGCACCUUCGAGGGAAGAAAUACUACGAUCCAUACGCCGAAACCUAGGAAUACGCAAAGGCACGACAAGCGCAGGUGGCUCGAGGGACAAUUUAACCGGGGUACGUGCCGCUUCAGCAGGGGUAUUGUUGCAGAAGGCAUGCUGGAUGCCAAUAAGAAGGUCUUUAAGCGCAGGGGCACUAUACGGACACUCGCUAAUAUGUAUCGGAAGCCGCGCGUACCUUAUUGGCGGCAGCAACGGAAACCCGCAAAGUGUAAACUUUGCUAAAGCACACGUAGUAAGCCUUGUCAAUUUCAGCUCGAAACAAACCAACUUCACAGGGGACAUACCACCACCGAGAGAAGGAAACUCAGCUAACGUAGCAUUCAUACGGCAGACACAUUCAAUCAUCAUAUUCGGUGGAUAUAAUGGAGAGAGGUUCUUCAACGAUAUACACAUAUUGGACCUUGAAAAACGCAAGUGGUUCCACAGGCGACACGCCGCUGGGAGACUGCCACUACCAAGAGACGAACAUUGCGCACUGGUCUAUCCAGCACGUUGCGAAGCCAGCCAAAAACCAAAAGCCGGUGCUGAAUUCCUUUUCAUAUUCGGUGGGAAAACCGGACUAAGGACGCAAUUAGAAUGCCUAAACGAUAUGUGGGCAUAUCACAUUGACUCUGCAACGUGGGCACAAGUAGAAUACCCAGCAGAAGGAAAACAACCAAUGGCAAGAUUCGGACUAUGCGCAUUAUGGGCAGACGAUGAUACAAUGUGCAUUUUCGGUGGAGAGACACACGGACCUGAGGGGUACAUUGACAGGUCGGAACGUACACUCAUCGAUGACCUUUGGAUGUUCAAGUUCACAAGCCCUACCACAGGAUCAUGGCAACAGGAAAUAUAUGAGGGAAAUAUAGGUCCUAGAUCACACUAUAGCUCUUUGUUCAUUGCACAGAGAUGCAAAGAGCUGCACACCGGUGUACCGAGGACCAUAGAACGUCUCAUGCUACUUACAGGUGGACUCACAUAUGCACCAGGCAGUAGAAAAACCGUUGUAGCAUCUGAUAAACUAUACUUCUACUUCUUCUCCCAACGAAGGUGGUAUAUUCUCAACCCAAACUAUCCGCGCAAUUAUCUGGGUGAUCCAUUCGAACCCAGACAGUUGCAUGUAGCAUGCUUCUUCGAAAAGAGGAACAUCCUAUUCCCUACCAGCAAACCGUCCGUACCUUGCAUAUUCUUCCACGGUGGGUUCCACCGUAAACGCGUUUUGAGCGAUGCUUGGGUCCUCAGUCUUACGGGAGAAGAUCUGUUCAUCACCAACUCGAUAAUAUCACCCAACGAUAAUAGCCAACUUAGGGCUUUCCAUUUCAAGGACAACGUAUAUCCACCGUGGUACUAUCGUGAAAGCCACUCUCCAGAUAUGUUUUGGGCUAUGUGCACCAUGCAACGAUGGGUAUUUGGUGCCAUAGGACAUCUCGUUGCCAACUGCCUCAAGGAAGCUACUAAUAGCACCAAAAUUGCUAUCAAGUGGGAACCUGCACCGCAAGAUGAUGGCGCAUUGCUCACCAUACAAGACGAUGGAAGCGGAUUAGAUUAUACCGCAAUGAACAAACUGCUCAAAUUGUUUGGCCAACCGAAAACGGGAGAACGAGGACCCGCGCAUGAGUACGGUGUCGGCUUCAAAAUGGCCUUUGCGCGCAUGGCAUUCGCAUGCGCUGUUAUGUCCCGAACCAGUGAUAGCAUUGGUGUCGGUAUGUUAAGUAUGGAACUGAUGUCACAGUGUGAGUCACGUGAAAUGUCGGUCCCAUUGUGUAUGUGGCGACUACCAAGCAAAGAACUGAUACACAAGGAAGGGUCACGGAUGGUAGACCAGCGCCACCACCAAAGACUACUUAUGGGCUACAGCCCCUUCAACACCGCAACGCUACUGGCUGAACAGAUCAAUCUGCUUGGUACAACUUCUGGCACAAGGAUUGUCUUCUGGCAGCUGAGAGAUGAUAUGGAUUCACUUGCUUACUCACGCAAGGACCAUACUCUGAUGCUGAAGAGCCAUUUGUAUGAUCACACAGACAGUAGCGAGGACGACGUUAGGCUAGGUCCGCCAGAAGUUAAGCCUCCAUGGGUCGAUGUCUUCCCCUUGUGGACGUCAUCCCAAUAUGCCAUGGACUACUGUCUACCCGUUUACGUGUAUUGGUUGCACCUCAGGUCUUCCUGUGCAGCAAGUGUUCAGGGCAUAGACUUGGUGCCCUAUGACGUACGUGAAAAGCUGGCACAGCAAAAACAAAUUAAUGCAAUGAUUGAGGAAAGCAUGGUAGAAGAUGCUCUCAUGACAAGCUUGCAACAAUAUCAGGGACAACAACAACAACAAAUGCAACAACUCCAGCAGAUACGAAGGCAACAUGAGCUCCAAAGACAGAUGGAACAACAGUUGCAACCGAUCCAACAGCCGUCUAACACGGCCCAAGGGGACGCUUACAAUUGCCGAAGUACGGGUUGUAGCUAUUGUGGCGUUGCUCCUGUGGAUCGUGGACUCUGUGAGGACCGAAGCCUAUGGUCGUUCUUGUGCCGUAGGUUAUUCUACAAAGUACAGUUGCCAUAUCUGUUCAACCCUUCAGACCACAAACACGGAUGUUACGCGAUGAUAGGUUUCCUGAAUCGUCCAGAAUUUUGCACAGAUGAGGAUGCUGCAGAGGUAACCUGUGAAGACUUAGGGGAACGCGUAUGUGAGACUGGUGUUCUUCUAUACUUCAAGGGUCGUCUGAUUAAUAGGCUUGAAGGACACUUCCCUGCACCUCCCACCGAAAUUGACAGUGCACGCGAUGUUCCGAAACAGUCCUUGUUUAAUGGGGAACUAUACCGAUUCGCUUUAACUGCAGUAGUCAAUGUGCCCGAGUGGCUCAUACCAUCUGCAACAAAGCAAGAAUUUGUGCAGGAAAACAACAGGGCAUUCUUCGACUUCAAGGCCAAAUUAAUGGCGCUGCUCUCGGAAUACAGCAAAGUCUGUCGUGACCGCAGCGCGAGAAAGGAAUGGGAGUCACAACGCUUGCAACAACUCGUGGCUUACGACCAACGAGAGGAACAAUUAAGAAUUGAACGUACGACAAGCGACCCCCAUGAGGAGACUCUUCCUACCUGGCGCAGCGACACGGAACGCGAUGCAGCUGUAGGCGAAGCUAUAGAGGUCGAAUCUAACCCUGGGCAGGAUGCACCUAACCCUUUCGAACAGUUGCGAUAG